AUGAGUCCAAAAUGGCUUAGUAAGAAGGUAGAGAAGUCUUUGAUUGAAAAUCCUAAAUUCAAGAUUAAGGAUGUGCGAGAAAAAGGGUUGAGGAAGUGGAAUACAAGUAUUUCAGUGGCUAUGGCUCGUAGGGCAAAAUCCUUAGCUUCAGACCAAGUGGAAGGGUCAUUCAAAGAACAAUUUCGAAGAAUACAUGAUUAUGCUUAUGAAAUUCUGAGAUGCAAUACAGAUGGUUGCUUCCUCAAAGGGAAAUAUGGGGGCGAGUUGCUAACUGUAGUGGCUAGGGAUGCCAACGACCAGAUGCUUCCUCUAGCAUACGCCAUUGUGGAGGUAGAGAACAAAGAGACUUGGAAAUGGUUUUUGGAAAUCCUAGUGGAUGAUCUAGGAGGAGCUAAAGUCUGUGGGACAUGUACAUUUAUGUCAGAUCAACAAAAGGGUCUGUUGCCUGCAAUUCAUGAGUUAUUACCUGGUGCAAAGCAACGAUUUUGUAUGAGGCAUCUGUACUCUAAUUUCAAAAAACGGUUUGGUGGCCAGAAGUUGAAGAACUUAAUGUGGAAGGCAGCAACUGUGACACACCUUGUGGCCCGGAAAAGGGUAAUGAGAGAUAUAAAAAAGGAGAAUAAGGAUGCUUUCAAGUUUUGGUCCAGAUCAAGAUUCACUAGGAAUGCUGUCACUGACACAGUAGUAAAUAACAUGACAGAGGCAUUUAACAGUGUGCUUGUUGAUGCUAGAAGCAAGCCUGUUAUCUCAAUGUUGGAAGACAUACGAAUAUACAUGAUGAAGAGGUGGCAAUCCAAAAGACAAAAGCUGGAAAAAAUGGAGGGGCAAAUCUGUCCUAAAAUUAACAGCAAACUACAAGAAGAAUCCAAAAAAACUAGAUAUUGGAUCCCAAGUUGUGCUGGGGGGAAAGUAUUUGAAGUUGCACACCUAUCAAUGGAAGGUGACAAGUAUGUUGUCAACCUAGACACCCAAGAUUGCAGCUGCAGGAACUGGAUGAUAACUGGCAUCCCGUGCUGCCAUGCACUUGCUGCCAUCAUGUUCUUGAACUUGAAUGCAGAAGAUUAUAUCCCCCUAUAUUUCAGGAAAUCAAGUUUUGAAGAGAUGUACAACUCCAUUAUCUACCCUAUCAAUGGACAAAACAUGUGGCCCACCACUGAUUUCCCAGAUGUCAUGCCUCCACAUAAAAGGAUUAUGCCUGGGCGACCCAAGAAAAAGAGAAUGCUGGAACAAUGGGAGUUGAGGAAAGAUGACAUGCAAUUAGGAAUAGGUGGCCAUAGAAAAAGAUUCAGAGUUUGUCAUGUACUGGGGCACAAUAGAAGACAUUGCCCACAACUGCCUACACAAGUACAGUCCUCACAGCCAAUUGAUGCUCCUCCACAACCAACCCAACCAUCUCAGGAACCAACUUCUGCUACUCGACAACCAACCCAGCCAUCUCAGGGACCAACUUCUGCUACUCCACAACCAACCCAACCAUCUCAAGAACCAACCAAUUGUGCAGUCUGA